UUCUAAUCCUAAUACCUAAAGGUUCCGGCACCUAAACAAGUCUCGUCUCCUUCUCGUCUCAGUCAUCCUAGAUUCAUCAAUUUCCAUUGUCUAAAGAAUGAGUAAGAGCUCAGAAGUAGUAUCUACAGUUGUGAAGAAGUGGAGAGAGCAUCCACCUUCUUCUUAUUGCCUCAAGGUUGACAGCUUCAAACAACUUGAGAAGUUCACAACAUCCUCUGAUGAUAAAUACCAAUCUCGUCUUUUCUCCUCUGGUGGAUAUAACUGGAAACUUAUCGUAUACCCAAAAGGGAAAGAAAAGGACAAUGGGAAAGGAUUCAUUUCGAUGUAUGUGGAAAUAGACAGAAAAAGCUUGACGUCAGCACCACAACGUGAGGUGUUUGCCGAACUCAUCUUCUUUGUCUACAACAGGAAAGAAAACAAAUACUUUACUAUUCAAGAUGUAGAAGUAAAAAGGUUCAAUGCACUUAAGACAGAGUGGGGGCUGCGGCAAGUUCUUCCAUUUGAUUCAUUCAAUAACCCUGAAAAGGGUUAUGUCUUUGAAGGAGAUCAAUGUGAGUUUGGUGUUGAUGUCGUUAUUCCAAAACCCCUUACCAACUGGGAGAUUCUCUCUUUUAAUGACAAACUCGAGAACCCCAAGUUCUCUUGGACUGUUAAGAAGUUUUCUCAGUUGAAAGAGCAUGAAUACACGUCAAAGAAAUUCUCAGUGGGAGAAAGAAACUGGGUUCUAAAGCUGUAUCCAAAGGGAUACUCUAGAGAAAAUGACAAAUGGUUAUCAGUUUUCCUGCAUUUAGCUGAUGGUGAUGCACCAAAAGCAGAUGAGAAGAUUUUCGUGCAAGCAAAUUUACGAGUUCUAGAUCCACAUGGAUCCAAUCACCAGGCAUACCAAAUGAACACCUGGCACAUUGGAAAAAACUUGGGUUGGGGUUGGGAUGAGUUUUUGUCUUUAGAUGAACUUCGGAAGGCUUACUUAGACAAAGAAGACGCUCUGAACGUUGAGGCCGAAUUCGAAGUUGUUUCUGCGACCAAAUAUUCUCCCAUUAUCUAAGCACUGUUAUUACGCAGCUAUUAGACAAUGAUAUGUUUUCUACUCCCUUCGUUUUUGUUGUUAUUGGUGACGUUUUAGAGCUUUUGUUUCCAAAUUUUUAUGCAGAAUAUAGUGACUUUUCGACUUUA